AUGUUGACCAGUGUCUGCUGCCCACCCAGGCCAGUAUGGACGAAGGAACCCUGGAGGCUGCCAUCACAGCCUACGGCGCCCAGCUGCAGCAGGUGGAGAGUGCCCUGUUGGCCGGCCUGGACCCGUCGCAGCAGGCUGACCUGCUAAAACUGAAAGAAGACAUCUCUCAGCUUAUAGAGCUCACAGAAGCUAGCCUAGUGUCAGUCAAGAAGAGCCGGCUCCUAGCCACUCUCGAAGAGGCUGACGGGUUCCAGUCGCUAGCCACAGGCACACCAGCUAACGGUGGCUUGGACAAUGUGUUCGCUGCCUUCUACUCAGAAGUGGGGGAGGUUUCCGGAAGUAGCUCAGACAUGAGAGAGAGGGGAGAGGAGGAGGAGGAUGAUGGCGAGGGAGAGGGAGAGGUAGACGUGCUAAGUGGCACCAAAGUGCGAGCACCCUACCGCACCUCUUGGGGGACUUUGGAGUACCACAAUGCAAUGGUCGUGGGGACAGAGAGUUGUGACAGGAAUGAGGCCCAGGUGAGGGUGCUGUAUGUCCAUCCCACACAGAAGUCCAUGAAGCCCUGCCCAUUCUUCCUGGAGGACAAGUGUCGCUUCGCAGACAACUGCAGGUAUAUUGUUUAUUAAGGGUGUGAACGUUUAAACGAAAUUGGGAUCCUUAACGUUGAGAAAAAUCUGAAAUCAAAUUCAAAUCGCAGUGCAGUUAUCACAAAACAUGUGAUUACUAUAGCCUAAUUAGACAGUAGGCCUGGGAAAUGUGAUGUAAUUUAAAUAAAACCGGAGAGGCAAACUUUAGGUUACUUUGGUGAAUUUGGGAGACGCGCAUAUGUCUUGGUAAUGUCUUGCACAUCACGUUUUUUUCAGCCUGCCCCCUCUCUCUCCCUCGCGCUGGCUCGCCUGGGACUUGUUUAUUAGGCCGAUUCUGUUGUAAAACAUUUCUUAAACGGAAUGAAACAGGGAGGGACCUACCUGAAUAUAAACUCUAGUUUUAGUUGCAAACCGGAACAUUAUGUUUUGCAACUGUUUGGACUAAUGAUUACACCCCUGCUCUUUCUCUUCGCAAAUGAUGCGAGUGUGUUCAGUCUUUACUCUGUUGCGUGUAGAAUAUCCUACCCUAUUCACUGAUGAUAGGCCCUGCUUUACUGAAGUUGCGAGACAUUGCAAGCCAAGAAAUUGAGAUAGAUGGGCGUAGUGCACUGUUCUGACUGUCUGCCUGUUAGCUGACUACACUGUGCCCCUCCCCUCUCUCUCCGCCCCUCCCCUCUCUCUACGUCCAUCGCUAUGAAAGAUGCGAGUGUUUGUGUUCUCGGAAGUACGGCAACUAAUCCGUUUCCUCCGUUCCAAAAAUACUCAAUCUUAGAAAUCUUGACACUUAUUUUGUAGUCUACUCUCCACCACUACGUCAUCGUCAUUAACAAUUGGAAAAAUGGCAGAAAGGCAAGCUACAUCAGCGAAGUCCUGAAUGGCAAUACUUUAAGAAGUUAAAUGAGAAGGAAAUGUUAACUUUGAGAGGUAGAAUUUAGGUACAGUAAUGAUAGGACAGGUGCAAUGCUUAACCAUCUGAAAGGGAUGCACCGUGAGACCUAAACUGUUGCUGGCUCAGCGCAGCUGCAUUGUUAAUUCACAUUAAAUUCUAUAAAUUGUUCUUAUCGUUUUAAUGGAAAACCGAUCUAUGAUCUCACACGGAUGUCUUUUUACAGGGUUGGAAGGAAAGCAGAACAUAUAUUUCCUUUGUAACUGAUGAAGUAAUAACAUACUUAUUUUGUCAGUCAAAUAAUUUUACUGAUAAAUAAUUUUACUGACUAAUUUGUCAGUCAAAUUAUACACCCUUAUUUUUCCUCAACCUCCACUUGGUUUUCCACUUCAUUUUAAUUGCCAUAAAACGUUUGAGGUGUUGAGCUUUCAUGCAGUCUUUUGCGCAUUCUUUUCAGUUAAAUUGAAACCCUUCGAUUACUCUCCCAAAUGUUAUUUUGCCUGUACUGGCUAUGAUACGCCGUCUCAGUAAGGACCCUCGUCUGACCACUGUUCUGGUGUUGUAGGUUCUCCCAUGGCGAGGUGGUGUAUGUGUCAGAGCUCAGAGAGUUCCUGGAGUCAGACCUCACUAACCUUCAAGAGGGCUCCUCCUGCUUGGCCAGGCAAGACGAUGGCAUCUGGUACUCGGGCAAAAUAACAGGUGUGUCACUGACUGUCCAUCACCUACAGCAGGGGUACUCAACUACUAUUUGAGGAGGUCCGGUCACACAUUUUCUAUGUGACAAAGGUCCGGAUGGAUAUUGUCAUUUAUCGGCGUAGGAACAAGGUAGCAUUUGGUGAACAGGUCAGGGUUCCAUAGCAGAACAGCAGAAACUGGAGCAGCAGCACGACAAGGUAUGAUACCUGAGUGACUCAACAAAAUCAAUGGGGGCCCCCUGGGGGUUGAGGCUCCGGGGCACGUAAUCUGGCCAUGAUAACCACAACAUUUACACUGAACAAAAAUAUAAACGCAAUAUGCAACAAUUUCAACGAUUUUACUGAGUUACAGUUCAUAAAAGGAAAUCAGUCAAUUGAAAUGAAUUCAUUAGGCCCUAAUCUAUGGAUUUCACAUGACUGGGAAUACAGAUAUGCAUCUGUUGGUCACAGAUACCUUUAAAAAAAGUAGGGGCGUGGAUCAGAAACCAGUGUGACCACCAUUUGCCUCGUGCAGCGCGACACAUCUCCUUCUCAUAGAGUUGAUCAGGCUGUUGAUUGUGGCCUGUGGAAUGUUGUCCCACUCCUCUUCAAUGGCUGUACGAAGUUGCUGGAUAUUGGCGGGAACUGGAACACGCUGACGUACACGUCAAUCCAGAGCAUCCCAAACGUGCUCAAUGGGUGACAUCUUUGAGUAUGUAGGCCAUGGAUGAACUGGGACAUUUUCAGCUUCCAGGAAUUGUGUACAGAUCCUUAAGACCUGGGGCCAUGCAUUAUCAUGCUGAAACAUGAGGUGAUGGCGGCGGAUGAAUGGCACGACAAUGGGCCUCAGGAUCUCAUCACGAUAUCUCUGUGCAUUCAAAUUGCUAUCGAUAAAAUGCAAUUGUUUGUUGUCCAUAGCUUAUGCCUGCCCAUACCAUAACUCCACCGCCACCAUGGGUCGCUCUGUUCCCAAUGUUGACAUCAGCAAACCGCUCGCCCACACAACGCCAUACACGCUGUCUGCCAUCUGCCUGGUACAGUUGAAACCGGGAUUAAUCCACGAAGAACACACUUCUCCAGCGUGCUAGUGGCCAUUGAAGGUGAGCAUUUGCCCACAGAAGUAGGUUACAACGCCGAACUGCAGUCAGGUCAAGACCCUGGCGAGGAUGAGCACACAGAUUACCUUCCCUGAGACGGUUUCUGACAGUUUAUGUCAAAGUUUUUAUUUGAUAAGUGGCCGAACGGAAGCCACUCCUGAGAAAAAGGCACAUGACAGCAUGACUGGAGUUUGCAAAAAGGCAAACUCGAGCAUAAGGCAAACGAUUCUGUGGUCAGAUGAGACAAAAAUGUAUGUCUUUGGCCUGAAUGCAAAGCGCUAUGUCUGUAGAAAACCAAGCACAGCUCAUCACCCAUCAAACACCAUCCCUACCGUGAAGCAUGGUGGUGGCAGCAUCAUGCUAUAAGGAUGCUUUUCAGCGGCAGGGACUGCGAGACUGGUGAGGAUAGAGGGAACAAUGAAUGGAGCCAAAUACAGGCAAAUCCUUGAUGAGCACCUGCUUCAGAGUACAAACGCCCUUAGACUGGGGUGAAGUUUUACAUUCCAACAGGAUAAUGACCACAAGCAUACAGCCAAAGCAACGCUGGUAUGGCUUCAGAACCAGAAUGUGAAAGUCCUUGAGUGGCCCAGCCAAAGCCCAGACUUGAAUCCCAUUGAACAUUUGUGGAAAGACUUGACCCAUGACUGCAUGGCCAGGCACGACUCCAACACCAUCAUUAAGUUUGCCAACGACACAACAGUGGUAGGCCUGAUCACCAACAACGAUGAGACCGCCUAUAGGUGAGGAGGUCAGAGACCAGGAUAACAACUUCUCCCUCAACGUGAUCAAGACAAAGGAGAUGAUUGUGGACUACAGGGAAAAAAGAGGACUGAGCAUGCACCCAUUCUCAUCGACAGGGCUGUAUUGGAAUGGGUUGAGAGCUUCAAGUUCCUUGGUGUCCACAUCACCAACAAACUAUUUUUGUCCAAACACACCAAGACAGUCGUGAAGAGGGCACAACAAAGCCUAUUCCCCCUCAGGAGACUGAAAAUAUUUGGCAUGGGUCCACAGAUUCUCAAAGUUCUACAGCUGCACCAUGGAGAGCAUCCUGACUAGUUGCAUCACUGCCUGGUAUGGCAACUGCUCGGCCUCCGACCGCAAGGCACUACAGAGGAUAGUGCGUACGGCCCAGUACAUCACUGGGGCCAAGCUUCCUGCCAUCCAGGACCUCUAUACCAGCCGGUGUCAGAGGAAGGCCCUAAAAAUUGUCAAAGACUCCAGCCACCCUAGUCAUAGACUGUUCUCUCUGCUACCGCACGGCAAGCGGUACCGGAGCGCCAUGUCUAGGUCCAAAAUGCUUCUUAACAGCUUCUACCCCCAAGCCAUAAGACUCCUGAACAGCUAAUCAUGGCUACCUGGACUACUUGCAUUGUCCGCCCACCCCAACCCCUCUUCUACGCUGCUGCUACUCUCUGUUUAUGAUCUAUGCAUAGUCACUUUAACUCUACCCACAUGUACAUAUUUCCUUGACUAACCUGUGCCCCCGCACAUUGACUCUGUACCGGUACCCCCUGUAUAUAACCCCCCUACUGUUAUUUUAUUUUACUGCUGCUCUUUAAUUAUUUUUAAUUUCAAUGUUUUUACUUCACACUUACUUUUCUUAAAACUGCAUUGUUGGUUAAGGGCUUGUAAGUAAGCAUUUCACUGUAAGGACUACACCUGUUGUAUUCGGUGCAUGUGACAAAUACUAUUUUAUUUUAUUUUAUUUGAAUGCUGUUCACUGCCGCUCCCCAUCCAAUUUAAGAGCUUGAGAAAAUCUGCAAGGAAGAAUGGGAGAAAAUCCCCAAAUCCAGAUGUGCAAAGCUGAUACAGACAUACCCAAAGCUGUAAUUGCAGCCAAAGGUGCUUCUACAAAGUAUUGACUCGGUGUGAAUACUUACACUAUCGUUCAAAAGUUUGGGGUCACUUAGACAUUUCCUUGUUUUCGAAAGAGAAGCAGUUUUUUUGUCCAUUAAAAUAAUAUCAAAUUGAUCAGAAAUACAGUGUAGACAUGGUUAAUGUUGUAAAUGGCUAUUGUAGCUGGAAACGGCAGAUUUUUUAUGGAAUAUCUACAUAGGCGUACAGAGGCCCAUUAUCAGCAACCAUCAGUCCUGUGUUCCAAUGGCACGUUGUGUUUGCUAAUCCAAGUUUAUCAUUUUAAAAGGCUAAUUAAUCAUUAGAAAACCAUUUUGCAAUUAUGUUAGCACAGCUGAAAACUGUUGUGCUGAUUUAAAGAAGCAAUAAAACUGGCCUUCUUGAGACUAGUUAAGUAUCUGGAGCAUCAGCAAUUGUGGGUUCGAUUACAGAAUCAUAAUGGCCAGAAACAAAGAACUUUCUUCUGAAACUCGUCAGUCUAUUCUUGUUCUGAGAAAUGAAGGCUAUUCCAUGUGAGAAAUUGCCAAGAAACUGAAGAUCUCGUACAACGCUGUGUACUACUCCCUUCACAGAACAGCGCAAACUGGCUCAAAACCAGUAUAGAAAGAGUGGGAGGCCCCGGUGCACAACUGAGCAAGAGGACAAAUACAUUAAAGUGUCUAGUUUGAGAAACAGACGCCUCACAGGUCCUCAACUGGCAUCUUCAUUAAAUAGUACCCACAAAACACCAGUCUCAACGUCAACAAUGAAGAGGCGACUCUGGGAUGCUGACCUUCUAGGCAGUGUUGCAAAGAAAAAGCCAUAUCUAAGACUGGCCAAUAAAAAUAAAAGAUUAAGAUGGGCAAAAGAACACAGAUACUGGACAGAGGAAGAUUGGAAAAAAGUGUUAUGGACAGAUGAAUCCAAGUUUGAGGUGUUCGGAUCACAAAGAAGAACAUUUGUGAGACGCAGACCAAAUGAAAAGAUGCUGGAGGAGUUCUUGAUGCCAUCUGUCAAGCAUGGUGAAGGUAAUGUGAUGGUCAGGGGGUGCUUUGGUGGUGGUAAAGUGGGAGAUUUGUACAGGGUAAAAGGGAUCUUGAAGAAGGAAGGCUAUCACUCCAUUUUGCAACGCCAUGCCAUACCCUGUGGACGGCGCUUGAUUGUAGCCAAUUUCCUCCUACAACAGGACAAUGACCCAAAGCACAGCUCCAAACUAUGCAAGAACUAUUUAGGGAAUAAGCAGUCAGCUGGUAUUCUGUCUAUAAUGGAGUGGCCAGCACAGUCACCGGAUCUCAACCCUAUUGAGCUGUUGUGGGAGCAGCUUGACCCUAUGGUACGUAAGAAGCCAAUCCAACUUGUGAGAGGUGCUUCAGGAAGCAUGGGGUGAAAUCUCUUCAGAUUACCUCAACAAAUUGACAACUAGAAUGCCAAAGGUCUGCAAGGCUGUAAUUGCUGCAAAUGGAGGAUUCUUUGAUGAAAGCAAAGUUUGAAGGACACUAUUAUUAUUUCUAUUAAAAAUUAGUAUUUCUAAUCUUGUCAAUGACUACAUUUCCUAUGCAUUUUGCUACAUUUCCUAUUCAAACUCAUUUCAUGUAUGUUUUCAUGGAAAACAAGGAAAAUUCUAAGUGACCCCAAACUUUUGAACGGUAGUGUAUAUAAAUGAGAUAUUUCUGUAUUUCAUUUUGAAUAAAUUUGCUAACAUAAAAAAAAAAAACGUUUUUGUUUUCACUUUGUCAUCAUGGGGUAUUGUGUGUAGAUGGGUGAGAAAUCAAUUGAAUCCAUUUUGAAUUCAGGCUGUAACACAACAUGUGGAAUAAGUCUAGGAGUAUGAGUACUUUCUGAAGGCGCUGUAUAUUAUUAUUUUUUAAGUCAUGCCCAGCGAUACAUAUUGACCCUGUUCUGGGUCCGCCUGUUGAGUAUGGCUGACCUACCAUAACAGCAUAACAAGCAUUGCCGUUCUCAAACCCAUUAAAUCUCACCCAAUUUACCCACUACUAGAGAUGUAGCCUAUUGAGUCCCGAAUUGGUUAGAUCAUGUUGGGUGUCAUGUCAAUGUUUUGUAGUAGACAAGAUUAACAUCUGAUCAGCUCAGAUUACUGUGUUCCACUAACCAAGGUGAUUGAAAUGCUCUCCUCUGUCUGAGUAGACAUCGACAGUGAUUUCUACACGGUGAAGUUCGACUCGGCCUUGCUGAAGAACGUCAUGGUGGAGGCUGACGGGGUCAUCCCACCGUUGAGAGAAGAUGACCUGCCCUCCUGCUCUGACUCGGAGGACGAUGACAAUGGAGAUGGCGAAGCAGCGUUCGCCAGAGGUAGGUACCUCUUUCAACAAUGUGUAGACCAUAUACACUGAACAAAAAUAUAAACGCAACAUGCAACAAUUUCAAAGAUUUUACUGAGUUACAGUUCAUAUAAGGAAAUUGAAAUAAAUUAUUUGGGCCCUAGUCUAUGGAUUUCACAUGACUGGGAAUAGGGAUAUGCAUCUGUUGGUCACAGAUACCUUUUAAAAAAAAAAAAGUAGGGGCGUGGAUCAGAUAACCAGUCAGUAUCUGGUGUGACCACCAUUUGCCUCAUGCAGCGUGACACAUGUCCUUCGCAUAGAGUUGAUCAGGCUGUUGAUUGUGGAAUGUUGUCCCACUCCUAUUCAAUGGCUGUGCGAAGUUACUGGAUAUUGGCGGGAUCAGAGCAUCCCAAACACGGUCAAUGGGUGUCAUGUCUGAUGAGAAUGCAGGCCACGAAAGAACUGGGACAUUGAGCUUCCCUGAGACGGUUUCUGACAGUGUGCAGAAAUGUUUAGGUUGUGCAAACCCACAGUUUCAUCAGCUGUCCAGGUGAAUGGUCUCAGAUGAUCCCUCAGUUGAAGAAGCCAGAUGUGGAGGUCCUUGUCCGGCGUGGUUACACUUGGUCUGCAUUUGUUACUAAUGGAGCUGGAGGGGGUGGCUGCCGUUUUACGGGCUCCUAACCACUCCUGCUAUUCUGUGUUUUUUAUACAUCAUGUUUCUGCCACUGUCUCUAUGACUGGAAAGAGCUUCUGGACAUCAGAACAGUGAUUACUCACCUCGGACUGGACAAAGAUUUUUUCUUUAACGAAUCAGAGGCAAACGAUUUAUGGCUCCUCCCGGACCAGGCCCAAAUCCCCAUCAUUCGCAUGAAGAGGAGACGCCGAUACAGGGGGGCGCAGAUCGGGGUGCUUGGUGAGAAUUCGUCAGCGAGUGGAUAAUCUACCUUUACAAUCCAUGCUACUGACGAACGUGCAGUCACUGUAGAGUAAACUGGGUGAGCUCAGUUUGAGACUAUCCUACCAACAGGACAUUAAAAACUGUAAUAUCUUAUGUUUCACCGAGUCGUGGCUGAACGAGGACUUGGAUAGUAUACAGUUGGCUGGGUUUUCCGUGCAUCGGCAAGACAGAACAGCAACCUCUGGUAAGACGAGGGGUGGUGGUCUGUGUCUAUUUGUCAACAACAGCUGGUGUGCAAUCUAAUAUUAAGGAAGUCUCUAGGUUUUUCUCGCCUGUGGUGGAGUACCUGAUGAUAAGCUGUAGACCACACUAUUUACCAAGAGAGUUUUCAUCGUAGCUGUCUAUUUACCACCACAAACCGAUGCAGGCUCUAAGACCUCACUCAACGAGCUGUUUUAAGACCAUAAGCAAACAAGAGAAUGCUCACCCAGAAGCGGCGCUCCUAAUGGCAGGGGACUUUAAUGCAGGAAAACUUUAAUCCAUUUUACCUCAUUUCUACCAGCAUGUCACGUGCAAACAGAGGGGGGGGGGGGGGAAACUCUAUACCACCUUUACUCCACACACAGAGACGCGUACAAAGCUUUCCCUCGCCCUCCAUUUGGCAAAUCUGACCAUAAUUAUAUCCUCCUGAAUCCUGCUUACAAGCAAAAACGUGGUCUGAUGCUCAGUUACAGUGCUGUUUUGCUAGCACAGACUGGAAUAUUUUCCGGGAUUCAUCCGAUGGCAUUGAGGAGUAUACCACAUCAGUCAAUAAGUGCAUCGAUGACGUCGUCCCCACAGUGACCGUACGUACAUACUGUAUCCCAACCAGAAGCCAUGGUUUACAGGCAAGAUCCGCACUGAGCUAAAGGCUAGAGCUGCCGCUUUCAAGGAGCGGGACACUAAUCCGGACGCUUAUAAGAAAUCCCGCUACGCCCUCCGACGAACCAUCAAACAGGCAAAGCAUCAAUACAGGACUAAAAUUGAAUCAUACUACACCGGCUCUGACACUUGUCGGAUGUGGCAGGGCUUGCAAAGGGAAACCCAGCCGGAGCUCCCCAGUGACUCAAGCCUACCAGACGAGCUAAAUGCCUUCUAUGCUCGUUUCGGCGUAAGCAACACUGAACCAUGCAUGAGAGCACCAGCUGUUCCGGACAGCUGUGUGAUCAUGCUCUCCGUAGCCGAUGUGAGUAAGACCUUUAAACAAGUUAAUAUUCACAAGACAGAUUACCAGGACGCGUACUCAGAGCAUCCGCUGACCAACUGGCAAGUGUCUUUACUGACAUUUUCAACUUCUCCCUGUAGGUAUCGCCCUGUAAUACCUACAUGUUUCAAACAGACCACAAUAGUCCCUGUGCCGAAGAACGCCAAGAUAACCUGCCUAAAUGACUACCGCCCUGUAGCGCUCACGUCUGUAGCGCUCACGUCUGUAGCCAUGAAGUGCUUUGGAAGGCUGGUCAUGGCUCACAUCAACACCAUCAUCCCAGAAACCCUAGACCCACUACAAUUCGCAUACCGCCCCAACAGGUCCACAGAUGAUGCAAUCUCUAUUGCACUCCACACUGCCCUUUCCCGCCUGGACAAAUGGAACACCUACAUGAGAAUACUGUUCGUUGACUACAGCUCAGCGCUCAACACCCUAGUGCCCUCAACACACAUCACUAAGCUAAGGACCCUGGGACUAAACAUCUCCCUCUGCAACUGGAUCCUGGACUUCCUUACCCCCAGGUGGUAAGGGUAGGCAAUAACACAUCUUCCACCGUGAUCCUCAACACGGGUUCCCCUCAGGGGUGCGUGCUUAGUCCACUCCUAUACUCCCUGUUCACCCACGACUGUGUGGCCAUGCACAACUCCAACACCAUUAAGUUUGCCGACGACACAACGGUUGUAGGCCUGAGAAGGUCUGAUCACCAACAAAGAUGAGACAGCCUACAGGCAACAGGUUAGAGACCUGGCAGUGUGGUGCCAGGACAACAACCUCUCCCUCAACGUGAGCAAGACAAAAGAGCUGAUAGUGGACUACAGGAAAAGGGGGGCCGAGCAGCGGGUCGAGAGCUUCAAGUUCCUUGGCGUCCACAUCACUAACAAACUAUCAUGGUCCAAACACACCGACAGUCGUGAAGAGGGCACGACAACGCCUAUUCCCCCUCAGGAGACUGAAAAGAUUUGACAUGGGUCCUCAGUUCCUCAAAAAGUUAUACAGCUGCACCAUCGAGAGCAUCCUCACUGGUUGCAUCACCGCUCGGUAUGGCAACUGCUCGGCAUCCGACUGCAAGGCGCUACAGAGGGUAGUGCGUACGGCAUAAGGUUUUGGUGUGUAAGGAACAUUUCUGGGAUCUUUUAUUUCAGCUCAUGAAACAUGAGACCAACACUUUACAUGUUGCGUUUUAUAUUUUUGUUCAGUAUAAAUAGAUUCCAGAUUAUAUUUCUAUGGUGUAGACCCAGCUUUAUGUCUGAGGGUUUCCAUGUAAUGUUAUGCAGCCACAUUAAAGACAUUGUGUUAUGGGCGAUUCUACCCCAGCAUGGCCAGACAUUAUUUUGGGUAUAACAGAUUGUUUUGGCAAAAACUAUGUUGGGAGGAAGGUUGUUUUAACACAUUUUUACAUUUGUCAAAUCAAACAUUUUUUGAAAAUCAUGAUGAAAGUGUCCAUUUUAGGCCCUUUUGAGAGCUAUGCAUGCCCCCCUCUCAUUAUACUCCAAGGUGUUUCUAUCAUGUACGGUUCACGGAUCAUAAAAAUGGCCUAAAAUGGCCACUUUCAUCAUGAUUUUCAAAAAAUUGUUUGAUUUAAAAUGUCAAAAGCAUAUUAAACAUCCUUCCUCUCAAUUCAGUUUCUCUAAGAAACAAUCUGAGAUACCAAUAUUUUGGGGCAUGCUGACAUGGAAUCACCCUUAUGUAGAAAUAGAGGAUGUUAUUGAUUGAUUCAAUUGGGAAGUAAAUUACAAAUGUUUUUCCUUUCGCUCUAACCACAAACAUUAAUGGAUAACAUGAAACCUACUUGCACAGUAACUUGGCAGAACGUUUCUUUGUACAGAUGCCCUGCAUGUAGCUAAAGUAUUUAGUUUGUCUUCUCAUUGACCCGUCAGUUUUGACCCAAGAGGAGGAUUGGGCACCGUCGAGAAGUUCUUCUGCCUUUGGUGGCUGGGAGGCACACACACGAGGCAUAGGCUCCAAACUCAUGCUCAAAAUGGGAUAUGAAUAUGGGAAAGGUAAGCAUAAGUGAUUAUCAGUCAACAAUCAUGGAGACAAUGCAGGUAAGUUGUAUGCAGUAAUACUGUAAAACACAAUGUAAUGAAAAAUUUUGGUCUACUCUAAAAUCAAAUGCAUAUUGCCUUGUGGUACAUAUUUGCUGUUGAAUAAAAUGGUAAAUUAAAAUGGUAGUUCACAAUCAAGGAUUAGUGAAACACUCACUCACUGGCUGGCACAUAGGUGCAGCAACAGUCUCCACUUCUGUCAGUCUCGGGCCAUCUUCUUCACCGUGCCCCAGCUCUGCUGAUGUUGUUGGAGCUCAGUCUUGAUUGUUCUCUGCAAUGUUGUCUUGGGCCUCCCCCUUUUACGUCUGCCCUUAGAUUUGUGAAGUUUGUGGAUUAGUAAAAGCAAUGUCCCAUAAAACUUGUACACUAAGUUUAAAGCAAUUUAACUGUGGUCAUUUCAUAGUAGAUGCAUCUGUGCCCAACAGGUCUGGGUAAAACGUCAGAGGGUCGGGUGGAGCCAGUGCUGGCGGUGGUCCUGCCCAAAGGUAAAUCUCUGGACCAGUGUGCUGAGCUCACUGGGAGGAAGACACAGAGCAAAGUGGCCAAAGGCAAAGAUGGGGAGCAGGUGAGCCGCAAUAAGAGAAAAAGAAAAGCUCGAGCAGGCAACACUGGUGGGUGCCACAACGUCUUUGACUUCCUGAACCGCAAGCUGGGGAAUGGGGACGCCAACCCUGAGGCAGGAGGCACUGGUGGCCCCCCUCCCCCACAUACUCCAUCAUCUCAAGGGGCCGGAGUGGAGGCUUACAAGGGGGGGAAGAGCACCAAGAGAAACCUGAACGUGAAGCUGUUCCAGGCGGCGGAGAGGGUGGCCCAGACGGAGAGGGAGAUCCAGAAAAUCACAGAGUCCCUGAGCCGACGGACUGGGAGGUAAGGAAAGGAGGGACCCUGGGAACUCACCUCGCCUCUCACAUCAUAAGAUGGAUGCCCAACAGCCAUACAGGAGCAUUUCACCGGGCAUCAGAUGUGAAUGGCAGUAUAGUUGUUAAACAAUGUCGUCUAAACUCAUGUCAAUGAUAGUUUGAUCUUUGCUGGCUAGAGAUGGGUAUAGGAUUUGCAGCAAAUCACAAAUAUAGUAAGUCCCUAUUCUCCCAAUGCAGCCUCUCCCUCUCUUAGACCUCUAUUGAAUCUCCUCCAGUUUUCUUCUGUAGCAACUCUGCUUCUGUAGAUGUACCUCUAUAGUGUAAGUCUCUGUAAAGCAACUCCUCCCCAUGUCUAAGUAGUUCUUAUUAAACCCCACUGUUCCCUCUGUGUCCCCACAGGGAUUCUUCCAUGGUGACUCACCUGGAAGAGAAGCUGUCUGCAGCCCGCAGCCUGCUGGUCCAGCAGAAGGCCCAGGAGCUCUCAGCCCAGAGGGAAAACAGGAAGGCUGACACUCACAAGAAAAUGACAGAGUUUUGACCACACGGUCCUCCAGUGGUCAGAACGCACAAACAAUUUUAGUCACCUGAGAGAGGUGCCUGUUAAGCUUAUUUAAUCCAUUUGACUCAAAAGACUUUGGCUGUUUUAAGGCCUCUGGUUGUUGGGCUUUACCUUUUUUUUUUUGUAGU